UCCACUCAUUGCAUUCCACUCAGCUCUAUCACUCUCUCUCUCCUCUCUCUGCCUUGUGCUAAAAGUUUACGCCGCGACUGAGCGAGUUGCAGAAGCAAAAAAAAGGCAAAUAACUUCGAAAAACCUCACAGCCCCGGUUGGCUUUGAGUGCUCCUCUGGGCGAGAGCAAAGGCAGAGAGGAGAAGCCUGUGGAAAGGGCCCAAGGUUAUUGUGUCUGGCACGUUAUAUGCAGUUACUUAACAUGGACAAGACGGCAUGGCAAACCUGCCGACUUACAUUGGAGCGGAGCAGGUGCAGAGCGUGCUGCGCUAUGAUGCACUGGUGGCCCGUCUAGAGGUGGCGCUGGGCCGGUUCUCGCUGGGAGCAGCCGGUGGCGUGGUCCAGCCACUGCGAGCCAUCGUGCCCGUCAGCCCACAUUCGGGCUGGCUGCUGGUGAUGCCCGCCUACAGCGCCGGCGACGAGGCGCUAGCCACAAAGCUCGUCACAUCUUACAGCGGCAACGCCGGAGGGCCCUUUCCCACCCACCAGGCCACGAUCCUGCUGCUGGACCCAGCCAACGGCUCCCUGCGAGCUAUCAUGGAUGGGAGAAUCAUUACGGAUAUGAGAACAGCCGCUGUAUCUGCUAUAGCUACCAAGUAUCUGUCACCUCCUGAAUCCCGAAUCUUGUGCAUCUUGGGGGCUGGGGCUCAGGCUCACAGCCACUACCAAGUCCUCAUGCAGAUGUUUCACUUCGAUGAGGUGCGCGUGUGGAGCCAGACGUGGGAGAGUGCCGAGCGCUUCGCCGGCGCUGCCGGGGGCGCCGUGACACCGCGCCGCUCCGCCGAGGAGGCGGCUCGAGGCGCCGACGUCAUCGUCACGGUCACCAUGGCGACGGACCCCGUUCUCCGCGGGGCCUGGGUCAAGCCCGGAGCACUCGUCAAUGUGGUGGGAGCGAACCGACCGACUUGGCGUGAGGUGGACGACGACCUGAUGCAGAGUGCCGUGAUUUACGUCGACUGUCGAGAGGCAGCGAGCCGGGAGUCUGGCGACAUCAUUCUCAGCGGGGCCAACAUUUUUGCCGAGCUGGGAGAAGUGAUUAAUGGCUCCAAACCCGCUCAUCGAGAGAAGACCACGGUGUUUAAAUCACAAGGGCUGGCAGUGGAGGAUGCUGUUGCAGCCAAGCUGGUGUACGACAGCCUGCAAUGAAGAAAUAUCUGUGAAUUACCAAUCAUAGUUACCAAUCAUCGGUGCCACUUACAUUUUGUGUCAUUCCCUCGCUUAGUGUUCAACCGAAUCGGUCAUCGUGAGUUGCACCGCCCUUUUUAUCUAACUGCCGAUAACGUUUUGCUGUCGCGAACCUGACAGGUUAGACAUGUGAAAUGUUAUUGAUCAAGUGAGGAUGUCAAUAUGGACCGAAUAUUUUUUGAUCUUCAAAAGCGCCACGAAAGCCAGUUUCCUAGUCUUCUGUAACAACAAACUCUUUUAGUGACUUAAUCCGAAAAAAAGUGGCUAUGUGUUUUACAGACUACAGUCAAAGCAAAGCGUCUCUCCAUUUAAAUUCACAUUCUAAUCCGAUUAAAACAAGAUACCCAGGAGAUCCUUUCUAAAUUUUCUACCUGCUACAGGAAUGCAAGGUUUUUUGUUGCAAUGAACGGUUGGCACCUUGCCACGUGGGCUUUCCGGAGUUGUGUUGUAGUGUGUCGUUUGGCCGACGUUUCACAACAUCGCACUGGGAGUUCCAGUACCGGCACGUGGAGCGAAACGUGAGGCAUCGAAGACAGCACACGGUACAACCCGUACACACAUCAUGGGAGAGUUUAGUUGGAUUAUUUGAGUGAAGCAGCUAAGAAUAAAAAAAAUGUUUCAAGUCAAGUAUUUUUUUUGUACAUACGUGGCACCUUUCUGGAACAGAUCUGCCACUCAAAGUGCCAUCACAUUGAAAACCAACAAGACAUAAAAACAAAUCUGAACAAUGAGAAAUACAUUUUUAUCUUUUUUUUGCUUAUGUUCUGUGCCCACAACGUUAGCUGUUGUGAGCUAUACCAAGCCUUGGAUUCAUGGUUGACUUUUGCAAACACUUAAGACAAAAAGGGCUGCCUAUAAAAUAACAUUUUACACGAUUAUUUUGAAAGUAUCUAUCACAGAAUAUCAUUGGAAUUUGCAAUAAUCCGGUUGCACCUGUUAAAAUAUUGCGAAUAUAUUUUAUAUUUUUCCCCUGUAAUCAUUAAGUGAUCCUUUUAAUUAAUUUAGAAUACAGAAAGAUCUAAUGAAUACGGAAUUAAGACUAGCUUAUGUAAUGUGUAUCAUGGGGAAAAAAUGCCUGUCUUAAUAAGUUAGGGACUAAGAUUGUUUCAUUCGUAUUCUCUAACAAAAUAUGAGUACAAUAAACUGAGAAAUGUGAUGA